AUGAUUCCACCACUGCUGAGCCGCCGCCGUCCACCCCUGCAGGCGCCCACGCGGCGAGACACCCUGCUGCGCGUGCUGGCCUCGCCAGCGCUCGCCGCGGCGGCCCUGCAGCUGCCGGCGGCGGCGCCCGCGCGCGCCGCCGACGGCGUCCCCUCACAGGGACCGCCCGGAGCCUUGCUGGAGGACGAGCGCGUGACCCUCGUCACCAACGCCGAGGCCGCCAACCUGCUGACGCCUUCAGACAAGCAGGCAAGAGGCGGGCGCAUCCCCCCAAACCGCGGGCGCACCCCCCCAAGCCACGGGCGCACUGCACUGCAGCUGAAUAUGUGCGCGGGGGCCGCCACCCGACGGCGAAAGCAGCCGCCCACUGACGCCAUGGUCACUGUGCUGGCGCUCAACCGGCGCGUGCAGGCGCAGAACCGCGCGCCCGCGGAGUUCCCGGCAUUUGUGCGGCAGGGCUUCGAUAUCUUAGUCAUCGCCGAUGACUACCAGGAGACGGCUGACGGGCUGCUCUUCAAGGACUUCAAGGAGGGGAUUGGGGCGCAGCCGCAGGAGGGGCAGCAGGUGGUGUUUGACUACACGGGGUACAAUGAGAGCGGCGUGCCAAUUGAUAGCAGCUAUCGCCAGGGCCGCCCCGCGGAGACGCGGCUCGGCAUCGCCGGCCUCAUUCCGGGCUUUGAGCUGGGCAUCCGCAGCAUGAAGGUCGGCGGCAAGCGGCGCAUCAUCGUGCCGCCCAAGCUGGGCCCGCCCGUGGGCCCCUCAACCUUUUUCAGCGCCAAGCAGUGCGAGGUGUUUGACAUCGAGCUGCGGGGGCUGCGCACCUGCCGGCAGGAGCAGGUCAUGAUGUUCUCACGCGUCGUGUGCGAGUGA